AUUUGUAUAAGUUAAGUGUUCAUUUUUAUAUCGAAAAUAUUUGUCAACACUUUCAUAACCGAAUCGACUAGCAAAAAAAGCGGAAAUGGCUAUAAAUAAUGUAUUAUCCACCCUUGCUGGUAUUUUAAUUACGUUAAUAAUUAGUAACAAUGUAAUAGAAUGUAACUAUCUUAGGGAUGAAAAUUACUGUGCUAACCAUACAGAAAAAUGUGAUCUCACUAUUGUUCUUCCAUGCUGUGACAAAAAUGAGAAGUGUAAUCGUAUAAAAUGGGGUGCAUUCCGAUAUGAAUUGAGAUGUACAAAAGAAGCUUAUUUAGGCGACAGUUGCAAAUCCACCUUAGACUGCCACAAAGUAAGCCAUGCAGAGUGCACUGAAGGUAAAAAAUGUGGAUGUUCCUCGAAUUUCGUAGAAGUAAGCAAUUCAAAAUGUUCAUCAUGGAUUAAUAGCUUUUGUUCAAAUGAUGGAGACUGUGUAACUAAUAAUUCUAUUUGCGAUGAUUUUCGUUGUAAAUGCAAGUUCGAUUAUAUAUUGACACAUAAUAAUAAAUCUUGUGAACGAAGGAAGUUAUAUAAGUUUUGUAGAAGAGAUGAUGAUUGUGAAGACAUAAACCAUUCAAAGUGUUCUGAAAAUAACGAAUGUAUUUGUAGAAGAAAUAACGUUGCAUUGAACUCGUCAGUGUGUGUACCAAUGAUGAAUGGAUUCUGUUGGAAAAAUGAACCAUGUGCAGCCGAUAAUUCUAUUUGCAUUGAUAAUGUAUGUAAAUGCAAACCUAAUUUUAAAUAUGUCGCUGAUAAAAUUUGUUUAAAAUUUUAUUUAGGUAUGUCCUGCCAUAACAAUACUGACUGCAAAGAAAUUCUGAAUGCCGAAUGUUCCAUAGAUAAGAUUUGUAACUGUGCAGAGAACGCUAUGAGAAUAAAUGAAACAUAUUGUGCACCACUUUUAAGCGGGUAUUGUAAAAAUGAUAAGCAAUGUAUACCAGAUGAUUCUGUUUGCGUUGAUAAAAUAUGUCAGUGCAAACCAAACUUUAUUUCUAUUGGUCAAUUUAAAUGUUUAUUAGUGACUUUGGGAGAUUAUUGUAACAAUAAUCUUGAUUGCAAAGAUCGGUCGCAUAGAAAAUGCUCGAAAAAUUCUCAAUGCGUUUGCGAACCAAAUCAUAUUGCUGUAAAUACAGUUUUAUGCCUACCAGUAAUUGAUGGAUUCUGUUUUGACAAUAAUGAUUGUUUGCCGAAUAAUAGUUAUUGUUUUGCUCAUCGUUGUCGGUGUAAGGAUAAUUUUAUACCUCUAUCAGAUAAUUUGUGUAUAUUAAAAACCGACGGAAAGUCCUGUGAACUUAAUAAUGAUUGCCUAGAUAUGAAAUAUGGAGAAUGUUAUAAAAACGAAAAAUGUAUAUGUAAACGUAAUACUAUAGUAAAAUACAAUUCGACAUGUCUACCAAUAAUAGGUGGGUACUGUGAAAAUAAUAAAGAAUGUAUAAUCACUAAUUCUGAGUGUAUAAAUCAUAAAUGUGAAUGCAAACAUGAUUUUUUUUCAUCAUCUCCAUACACAUGUGAUGCGUCUCUGCUGCCCAAGCUUAGACUUCACGUUAGACGGUAAAAGUUGUAUAAUAACUUAUUACUUUAAAUCAACGAAUUUUUUAAUUUUUACAUGUAUCUAAUUUCUUCAAGCUAAUAAAACUAAAAAACAAAUAACAAUAAUAAAAUAAAAAUUUCUCAUA